AUUGUUUCUAACAAUCAAAAUCAUGUCCGAUGGAUACAACAAUUCGAAGAAGACAGAUGAUAUUUGCGAAGAUGUUUGUGGACAGGGAUCAAAAGCAGCAAAAACAAUCUCAAGGCUUAAAUGUGUUCUUAAAGGUUUUGACUUAAGAACAUACUUGUUUCUCUUUGUGUUGAUGCCAUUUGGUAUCUUAGCAAUUUAUUUACAUGGUCAAAAGUUCACUUAUUUCUUUAGACCUCUUUGGGAAUCACCUCCAAAGCCGUUUCAGACCAUUCCUCAUUACUAUAAUGAGAAUGUAACAAUGGAAGCUCUCUGUAGUCUUCAUGGUUGGGGAACUAGAGAAUCACCGAGACGGGUUUUCGACGCGGUUUUGUUUAGUAAUGAGAAGGAUCUUUUAACUGUUAGAUGGAAUGAGCUUUAUCCUUAUGUGACUCAGUUUGUGCUUCUUGAAUCGAAUUCGACGUUUACGGGUUUGCCUAAACCUUUGGUUUUUAAGAGUAAUAAGGAUCAGUUUAAGUAUGUGGAGCCGCGGCUUACUUAUGGGACGAUUGGUGGACGGUUUAGGAGAGGCGAGAAUCCGUUUGUUGAAGAAGCGUAUCAGCGAGUUGCGUUGGAUCAGUUGCUUAGAAUUGCUGGCAUUGAAGAGGAUGAUUUGUUGAUAAUGUCGGAUGUUGAUGAGAUUCCGAGUGCUCAUACGAUCAAUCUUUUGAGAUGGUGUGACGAUAUUCCUCCGGUUCUUCAUCUUCAGCUGAAGAAUUAUUUGUAUUCUUUCGAAUACUAUGUCGAUAGCAAAAGCUGGAGAGCGUCUAUACAUCGUUACACUCCAGGAAAAACGCGGUAUGCUCAUUUCCGUCAGAGCAAUGUCAUGCUAGCAGAUUCCGGAUGGCACUGCAGCUUCUGUUUCCGUUAUAUAAGCGAGUUUAUAUUCAAGAUGAAAGCUUACAGUCACUCGGACCGUGUCAGAUUCUCUCAUUACCUGAAUCCAAGGAGGAUUCAAGAUGUUAUUUGCAAAGGAACUGAUUUGUUUGAUAUGUUACCAGAGGAGUACACAUUCAAGGAGAUUAUCGGCAAAAUGGGACCUGUACCUCGGUCUUAUUCAGCUGUUCAUCUUCCAUCAUACCUACUGGAUAACGCCGAGCAGUACAAAUACUUGUUGCCCGGUAAUUGCAUAAGAGAAAAACAGACAGGGUUUAUAUAAUGAUUGCACUUAAAGUGUUCUUUCUUGUAUAGUUCUAAGCUUCAGGGCUUUUGCAUCAUUCUUGAGAUAAAAAGAGCAAAAUUUU